AUGUUGCCUGCAGGGAUGGACAUAUUCGAGCGCGGGACCUCGAACGUCGUCUGGUGCGAGGCCAUCGUCCAGGGCUACAAGUAUCAUCCGACGACCGCGGAGCUGUGGAACACGGCCACGUCCGUCGUCUUCUUCUGCAUCGCCGGCACCUUCGGGGCGGCGAGGGCCUGGAGGCAGGGCUACUCCCUGGCGCAUGUGUUCAGCGACGUGCUGUUGAUCAUCGUCGGCGUCGGCUCCGCGUUUUUUCACGCCACCCAGAGCUAUGCUGGGGAGCUGCUCGACGAGGUGCCGAUGUCGAUUAUGGCCGUCGGCUACCUCCUCUGCGUGAACAGGAUACACUGGUUGACCACUCCGCCCUACAGGGCCCUCACGUACGGGGUCGGGUUUGGCCUGGCUGCCAUCGCCUGGGUGGCCUACUUUUGGCUCCGGUACUUCGAAAUAUUCCGGGUCUGCUUCGUUUUCCAGGUCGCCUACCCCGCCCUCAUCAGCCUGUUCAGCGGUCCCGGCUCGCCGUGCUCGUCUGGGAAGAGGCAGUGGUGGACGUUCCUCGUUAUCAUCCUGGUCGGCAAGAUCGCUUGGCAGUGGGAGCGCUUGUUGUCGGACUGGGGUCAAUGCCCCACGAGCGAGUGGGACCCACGCUUCUGGUUCCACCAGAUUUGGCACUUCAGCGCGGCCGCAGCGCACGUCGCGUGGAUGUCGUACUCUGGUCCGCUGCAGGUGCGGAUCUUGAAGGAGAAGUCGACUUGA